GGUCUGUAUUAUUUGGUCUCGUCCGUAGCUAGAAAGGUAUCGAUAUGAUCAUGUCACCAGUCUUCGGGUUAAAAAUAAGCGUCUUCGCCACUUUUCUCACCUGCGUAUCAUCCCAAAUAUUGCCCAACUACUUGACCCCAACUGACAUCAUUGCUAGUCGCAGCGUCCUCCCUGCGAAUUACACACCGCCAUACGUCUUCCAGCAAACUGAUAUUGCACCAAAAUAUGCCAACUACACCACGCGUAAUGCCUAUCUCAAAGGCGCCAAAUGGCCUAACGGCCGCGUUCCUUACACCCUCGACCCCAACCUCGACGCCUCUGACCGAGCAGAAGUUGCCAAAGCCAUUUUCAACAUCGAAUCCAAAACCUGCAUCCGAUUCGUCCCCAAAUCCACGUCGGACAUUAACUACGUCAACAUUGAGCGAGACGACAAUUCCCCGGGUGGAGGAAUGGCGCAACUCUGCAUGGUUGGGGGUCGUCAAUGGGCCAAGAUCAAGUGGCGGGUGGCGAAACUGAUCACGCACGAGCUUCUCCACACCCUUUGCUUCCAUCACGAACAGUCCCGCGCGGACCGGGACAAAUAUCUCGACACGACGGCACAAGGGUGCAAUAUUGAAAAAUUUAACGAUCCGUACAACGAACCGUACAGUACUCUUGCCCUCCUUUACGACUACGUGUCCGCCAUGCACUACCCAUGCGAUAACUGCAUGGUGGCUAAAAUGCCGUGGGUCGGUGAUAACUGCUGGAACGCGGAUGAUGGCGCACUCAGCGUGCUUGAUGCGGAGAAAAUUAACAUAUUUUACGGAUGCACGGACGGCUGUCACGAAUAUUAUUUUCGCACCAUGACCAUCACGCCGGCGUGGGGGAGGGAAUUUUUGAUUUAUGCGGGAUAUGACCCCGUCUCAGGGGACACGUAUUAUGUUUGCAGGGCUUAUCAUGAAGGGAAUAUUCUUGUUGGAAGGACAACCCCCAGGCUGGAUGGGUGCACGGUGGCUGAAUUUGGGGUGGAGUAUGUCAAACCGGCGGCGGAGUCGGAGUACAUGGUGAAUCCGUGGAACCGAGUGCCGCUCGUGUGGAAGGCGACGAGUGCUGGGGUCACGUCGAAUAAUGCGGCCCUCGUGGCGUUGAAGGCUAUUCCGGGGGGAAGGUCGAGGAUAAGGUGGCCGUAUUAUGUGGGAAAAUGUGCUUUGAAUAUAGAGGGGAGGACGGUCUAUUUGGUGGGAAGGGUGGAGACUGAUGGGAGAUUGUGGGCUCCGUACCAUGGAAAGGAACAUUAUUGUGGGUCAUAUGAAUUACUGACGUGUGGUGUUUAGUCGACUGGAUGGAAGACGCAACAAAAUGACAUAAAUUUUGUUUUGUUUAAUACAGCAAUAAAACAACGAAUACACAAUAAUUGGUCAUGUUAGAAAGAAAUAUAUGCUAAAUAAAUCACUGGUUGAUUUAA